CUGUACCAGUGAACAUACCUGAAGCUAAAGUGUUGUUGGGUUAUGGGUAUCUGCUGAUAAAGGUGUGAGAGAGUAGUCAGCUAAGGAGUAACCGCCUCUUCGCACCUUAGACCUCUUACCACCUGCUAGCCAGUUUAGUAGAAAUGUCUUUCGACCGUGAUGCAAAGCGUGUAGUCCAGGUUCUGGUGCCGGGGAUCCCUCCUCCAGUUAUGGAUUAUGUUUUUGCGAGCAUGACCAAAGCAAGCGCCGGGCGCGGUGGUAUCUGUGCCCAGAAAUCCGCAGCUCCGAGCCCUCCUCGUUACACCCUUCGGCGCUGCGACAGCGGUCCGUUGGGCGAGCUGUCGCUCUUUGACUUGGCGCUCACGUCUGGCAGCCGUCGCGGGAAGAGCUCAGUCUUUGAGCAACGGGAUGCUCUGGAAUUCCACUACACGCCAGAGCCCGAUACCAUUCCGAGCGGAAAAAGUAAGAAGCGCUGAAAAGGUCACGUAGACACCUAUAGGGGGCGCUCAUUGCGCUUUGAAGAAAGCGUUAUGGAGGAAUGGCUCGACCUUGGGUCUCCCGUCCCAAGCAUAGGACGGCAGGUGCCAUACCAUGUAUCGCUUGCACGAGAAGAUUUAUACUUGUUCUUAGGAGUGUAGAGGGCUGACACGCCUACGCAUGGAUUUGCCUCAUGGAGACUUGCCUUCAUCCUGACAGCUUCUCGCAGCGGCAUUUGCUGCGUUACCGUAUGUUCCCGCACCGCUGUGGUGAUUGGGAUUUUGAACUAUCGGACAUUGUUUGGAAGCAGGUUUGGUUUGGAUUGUCUAGAUAUUGGUAGUUGGUAGGUUAGGACUGUAGUCAGAGUUUCAUGUUUGACACUCAAGAUAAAAGGAUGUGCUCCUUAAUGGUAUAGUGACAGCUUUCUGACGGUGUCAGUGUGUAGCGGGGUGGGUGGCAAAAUAGCUUGCGACCUUGCGUGCAGCGCGCCCCAACCCCUUCCUUACACGCUUGCUACCUAUGGCCGAAGACAAGGCAUCAUCCUCGGUCUUCUCUUGCUGUCUUCAGGUUUGUGUCCUUGUAUUGUUUCGUGUCGUUAUGCAGCUUGCAAUUUGCUGCCCCUGGGGUGUUUAGUUUGCAGUCAGUGUUUGUCCCUUGCUGCCCCUAGGGUAAGGGAUAAAUGUGCUUAGGAUAGGCAUUUUUGUGAUGUCCGUGUUUACUGUGUGACUGAAGCAAUGUCCCAUCUUCUUUUUGGUAGAUAUGUGUAGAUGUGUAUUUUUAGUGUAUAGCGUCUCACGUGUGGAUGCAAGUCUUGCGUGGGAGUGCCCCGGAGGGAUUGAGACGUAAAGAGAGGAAACCCAAAUGCGACACAGUACAGCAUAUCUGUCGCGGGGGCUCUGUCGUACAGUCUUCAAUGUUUUUGCCCCAAGGACAGAAUUGAGAUGAGAGAUAUCAAAAUAUCCAUGCUGGCCUUUGUACACGGCAAUGGUGUGUACGACAUUAUUUUGCAAGUAUGAAGUUUGAUGAUAUGCGAGUUUUGUACGGCACCACACGGUACCCGCCCCCGCAACCGUACUCGGGGGUGUUCGGGUGUAGAAGGCCGAAUCUCCUCUACGAUUGUAUGUCUUGCUAGUCUUUUGUUUUCAGUUCGUUAUAGGUUCGUUUUCGUUUGGAAAUCAUGCGUCCAGUCCUUAUGCCCUGACAGUUUGUGCCGUGGUUGGUGUCGUGCCGUCACGUGUUACAGUAGGGGUGUGCCAACCUGGCUUCCUGUUUGUGGGUUUCCUGAGUCUUGGCGCUGUGUCUUAGCGCGGUUCCCCAGUGCGUGGCAGCAUCUAUCCUUUCCAAGCUUGCUCAACAGACAACGCUGCUUGUAACAUAGCUGUACAUAAUGCCAGACAAGCAUGCUUUA